AUGUCUGACGGAAAAUCUGAAACUUACGAGUUCCAAGCUGAGAUCACUCAGCUUAUGUCUCUUAUUAUUAACACUGUUUACUCCAACAAAGAGAUUUUCUUGAGAGAAUUGAUUUCUAACGCCUCCGAUGCUUUGGACAAGAUCAGAUACAAGGGUUUGUCUGACCCUGCUGAAUUGGCCACUGAACCAGAAUUGUUCAUCAGAAUCACCCCAAAGCCUGAAGAAAAAGUCCUUGAAAUCAGAGAUUCCGGUGUCGGUAUGACCAAGGCUGAAUUGGUCAACAACUUGGGUACCAUUGCUAAGUCUGGUACCAAGGCCUUCAUGGAAGCCCUUUCUGCUGGUGCCGAUGUUUCCAUGAUUGGUCAAUUCGGUGUCGGUUUCUACUCUUUGUUCUUGGUUGCUGACCACGUUCAAGUUAUCUCCAAGUCUAACGACGAUGAGCAAUACAUUUGGGAAUCCAACGCCGGUGGUAAGUUCACCGUUUCUUUGGACGAAACCAACGAAAGAAUCUCCAGAGGUUCUGUCUUGAGAUUGUUCUUGAAGGAUGACCAAUUGGAAUACUUGGAAGAAAAGAGAAUCAAGGAAAUUGUCAAGAAGCACAGUGAAUUCGUUGCUUACCCAAUCCAAUUGAUGGUCACCAAGGAAGUUGAAAAAGACGUUCCAGCUGACGAAGAAGAAGAAGUCAAGGAAGGUGAAGAUGACAAGAAACCAAAGUUGGAAGAAGUUGAUGACGAAGGUAACGAAAAGAAGGAAACCAAGAAGGUCAAGGAAACCGUCACCGAAGAAGAAGUCCUCAACAAGACCAAGCCAUUGUGGUCCAGAAACCCAAGCGAAGUCACCCAAGACGAAUACAAUGCUUUCUACAAGUCCAUCUCCAACGACUGGGAAGACCCAUUGGCUGUCAAGCACUUUUCCGUCGAAGGUCAACUUGAAUUCAAGGCCAUCUUGUUUGUUCCAAAGAGAGCUCCAUUCGACUUGUUCGAAUCCUCCAAGAAGAAGAAGUCUUCCAUCAACUUGUACGUCCGUCGUGUCUUCAUUACCGAUGAAGCCGACUUGUUGCCAGACUACUUGAACUUUGUCAAGGGGGUUGUCGAUUCCGAAGAUUUGCCAUUGAACUUGUCCAGAGAAGUCUUGCAACAAAACAAGAUCUUGAAGGUUAUAAAGAAGAACUUGGUCAAGAAGGUUUUGGAAACUUUCAACGAAAUUGCCGAAGACUCUGAACAAUUCGACAAGUUCUACAGUGCUUUCGGUAAGAACCUUAAGUUGGGUAUCCACGAAGACGCCACCAACAGAAACGCUUUGGCUAAGUUGUUGAGAUUCAAGUCCACCAAGUCUAGCGAUGAAUUGACUUCUUUGUCUGACUACGUUACCAGAAUGAAGGAACACCAAAAGAACAUUUACUUCAUCACUGGUGAAUCCCACAAGGCUGUUGAAAACUCUCCAUUCUUGGACGUCUUGAAGGCCAAGGACUUUGAAGUUUUGUUCCUCGUUGACCCAAUUGAUGAGUACGCGGUUACUCAAUUGAAGGAAUUCGAAGACAAGAAAUUGAUCGACAUCACCAAGGACUUUGAAUUGGAAGAAAGUGACGAAGAAAAGAAGGAAAGAGAAGAAGAAGAAAAGGAAUUCGAACCAUUGACCAAGGCUUUGAAGACCGUUCUCGGUGACAAGGUUGAAAAAGUUGUUGUUUCUCACAAAUUGAUUGAUGCUCCAGCUGCUAUCAGAACCGCUCAAUUCGGUUGGUCUGCCAACAUGGAAAGAAUCAUGAAGGCUCAAGCUCUUAGAGACACUUCUAUGUCUAACUACAUGGCCUCCAAGAAGAUUUUCGAAAUCUCUCCAAAGUCUUCUAUCAUCAAGGAAUUGAGAAAGAAGGUUGAAAAGGAUGGUGAAGAAGACAGAACCGUCAAGGACUUGACCGUCUUGUUGUUCGACACUGCCUUGUUGACUUCUGGUUUCACUUUGGAAGAACCAAACUCUUUUGCCACCAGAAUCAACAGAUUGAUUUCUUUGGGUUUGAACAUUGACGAAGACGAAGAAGAAGAACAAAUUGAAGAAAUCAACACUAAGGCCGAAGAUGAAGGUGUUGCUGAAUCCGCUAUGGAAGAAGUUGACUAA